UCUCUGCAGCAUCUCCUCUCUCUCUUUCUGAACAUGGAGGCUCCGGAGAAAGCUGAACUCUGCUUUCCCCACAUCAACACCUCCUGCAGGAAGACGACAGGUCCUUAUGUGGAGACCAUGCUCACUUACACUGUGCUGUCCUGCAUCACGAUACUCACCGUGAUCCUAAACCUGCUGGUCAUCAUCUCUAUCUCACACUUCAAGCAGCUCCACACCACCACCAACCUCCUUCUCCUCUCUCUGGCUGUCACUGACUUCCUUGCGGGUCUCCUGCAGAUGCCACUUCUUCUCAUAAACAACGAAGGCUGCUGGAUCUUGGGCGACGUCAUGUGUGUCGUGCAUUACUUCUUUGCUGGCCUUGUUAUUAGCGUUUCAGUGGGAUGCAUGGUGCUCAUAUCAGUCGACCGCUAUAUAGCAAUUUGUAACCCCAUGUUUUAUACCACCAGAGUCACUCUGACCAGAGUUAAACUCUGUGUUUGUCUGUGUUGGAUAUUUUCUGUUGUACAUUGCAGUUGGAUAUUGAGGGAUGUUUUCAAACAGCCUGACAUGUAUAUCACCUGCUAUGGAAGUUGUGUAGUUGUGAUCGGUUUCGCUGAAGGACUUGUUGAUAUUAUUGCCACGUUUUUAGGCCCCAUUUUAGUCAUAGCAGUUCUGUAUUUGAGAGUGUUUGUGGUGGCUGUGUCUCAGGCUCGGGCCAUGCGCUCUCAAGUCGCAGUCGUAAUUGUGGAGCGUUCCCAGACUGUAAAAGCAAUGAAAUCUGAGAUUAAAGCAGCCAGGACUCUCGGUAUUGUAUUGGUAGUUUUUCUUCUCUGCUCAUGUCCAUAUUAUUGUUUUUCUGCUGCAGCUGAGACUACCUCACUUGGGGCGUCAUCUUCAAUCAUUAUGGUUUGGUUACUCUACUUAAACUCGACCUUUAACCCUGUAAUUUAUGUCUUUUUCUACCCGUGGGUCAGAAAAACCAUUAAAAACAUUUUUACUCUUCAGAUUCUGCAGCCUGGCUCCCGUGAAGUGAGUGUGAUGUAGAAGGAGAGAGAGACUCUGAAGAAAAUAUUAAAUUCAAACGUGUGAAAGCCUUCUGUUGAUUUUGUCGAGCAUUUCUGUUUACUGGAUGCAGAUGAAGAUCUUUGUGUGUUUUAAUCCUGUGAAUUAAGUGAAAUUGGCCAAAAAAGGUUUAAAAAAAUCAAAGCCACUGGCACUGAUGUCACCAGUAGUUUAGUGGAGUGUAGUAAUUACACAUUGUAAAUGAGUGAUGA